CCGCGACGCUCGUUCGCUCCGCAGAUCUUGCAUCCGCGAGAUCGCCAUUUUAUGUGUUUGGCGCUGUCACGGGACGGGUGACACGGGUGCGUGCGUGCGUGCGGUGCGGUGCGGUGCGGUGCGGUGCGGUGCGGUGCGGGUGGCGUCUAGCACACCAGGGCCAAGAGUCCCCGCGUCCGUCUGGUUCGGCGUUUGACAGUUGUGUGCGAUUCAGCGUCUCAACAUGUUGGCCGGACAACGGCCCGGCCCGGACGCGUACAAGUAACGGCGACGGCGGCCAUCGGCCAUCGGCGAAGCGCUCGAUUCGAGCGGGGUGUCGGUCGCGGUGCGAGGCACGCACGACACGACGCGGCCCAUCGAGAUGGUGUAGUGUAACGCGCGCGCGAGGUGGGCCCCUGCGUGAGAGCAAGAGUGUGCUUUCGUCGUCGUCGUUGUCGUCGUCGUCGUCGUCGUCGUCCUUCUAGUCGGGAGUGAUAAAGUGCAUCUGCGAAUACGCGACUCAUCUCCCGCCUUUCUUCUCUCUUUCUUUCUCUCCCCUCUUUCUCUCUCUCUUUCUCAUCAUCGUUAACAAUCUGUCGUCAACAAUCGCCUCGGCGAUCACUGUGCCAUCGUCGUCGUCGUCGGCGGACGUCGCGGGACGCUCGACAUCGCUGUCGACAUCGCCACGGACUCCGCCGAUUACCCUGGAUUACUCGCGACACGACGCCUCCUGGCCCUCAGCUACGAUGACUACGGUGCGCACCAUACCCUCGGACAAGAUAAAUUUACGCCUCAUCCUCGUCAGUGGCAAGACAAAAGAGUUCCUAUUCAGUCCGAGCGAUUCUGCGGGCGAUAUAGCGCACCAUGUGUUUGAAAAUUGGCCGGAUGACUGGGCAGAGGAAGCGGUCGCUAAGGCGGAGAUCCUGCGGUUAAUCUACCAGGGUCGUUUUCUGCACAGCAAUGUCACGCUCGGUGCUCUUGGGCUUCCCUUCGGAAAAACCACGGUGAUGCAUCUGGUGCCGCGGGAAAAUCUUCCGGAGCCUAAUUCUCAAGAUCAGAGACAAAAAAGUAAAGGCGGCGGAAGUAGUUGCUGCUCGGCUUCCUGCUGUAUACUCUAGAUCGCCCCGGUGGUCGUCGCCGACGUGGACCCGGUGGUGGAUUUCGCGCGGAUGGGCGCGCGGCACAGACGAGCGCGGGCUCACCCGAGCGCUGAGCCAUGGUUUCUAAGAUUUCAUGCUGAUGUAUAAUCGUUAGUGGCUGAGCUCGUGAGCAGUGUAGCACGAGAGAAAGAGGGAAAGAAAGAUUAUGUCGCUCCGGUACCCGUUGAACGGAGCGAUGAUGAGGAGCAAACGAUGCGGGCAGCAACGGUGCGGUUCCCCAACGGCGCGGAUGGCAUGUCAUCGUCGGGGAUUUCGGUUCGUUUAGUAGGCGAUAAUGCGUGCUCGAUCGAUACCCGCUCGCGGGGAAAACUCCGCUCGGAAAGAAGAGAAAGAAGGGCGAAUAGGGUAGCGUUGCCGAGCGAACGGAUCGUUGCUGGCACGACGAGUUAGAGUUUGCCGAGAUGAGGUCUCCGGGUCGCCGAGUUGCGCCGAUAGCGAUGGUAGACGGUUUACUAACUUCGGCUAACGACGUCACUUUGGACGUUAUGGCUCUUGUUGUGAUAUACAGACGGACGUGAAAAGGAUUUGAUUAACGACAAUCGAUUUUGUUAACGGCUUAAAUUAAGUUUCGAUUGACUUUUUUCCCUCCUCCCCCUCUCCCUAGUGUCUAGCUUGCGAUGAUUGUAACAUCGGAAGAGACAGAGAAAGAGAGAGAAGGUAUAUAUAAUUGUUAUUCUCGUAAAGUUAGCUAAUUGACUUAACUGAAUUUUGAUUAACUAAAUAAAUUUAAUUUAACCGCGCUGGUUAACUAAUUUUGCAUGAUGAUAUUUCUUCAUGCAUUACAUUGCUAAUUUACAUUGCUAUAAUGUAGAUGAAAUAAUCGUAAAUGUAGUUAGCAAUAUUGAUUAAAUUUUGGUUAGGGAUUAUGUUAUUGUUCUUUUCUAUAUAGAUUAUAGCAGUAGCUGUAAUAUUGACAAAACGAAAAAAUUUAGUUAAUAGACUUAUCUAGAUUUUUUUGGCGAACGAUCGAUCCUUUUUCUUAGAUUAUGCUUGCAGUUAUAAUAUAGCGAAAAGGAGACAGAGAGAAAAAAAAUGGUUUUAUUAAUCAUAAGCUUUUAAUUAGCACACUUUCUCUCUCUGUCACACAUACAGUUAACUUUAGUUUCGAUUGCACGUCCUCUUGACCUAAAUUAAUUUAAUUAAUUUCUUUCUUCAUCUCUAUACAUAUUUUUUUUUAAAGAAGCAAAAUUAGAUUUUAAGAUGAAGCGUCACUUGAAUAUUUUAUAAAUAUCAUUCAAGUUAAUCAUAUACUUUACACUUAACACCAUUCGGUGUCGGUACAACCGGCCUCGAAGAUCAAGAAAAGGGGACAACGGAAAGGCGCACAAUUGCGUGGACGUGAUAUCAUUUUUAUUCGCCCAGAUAUAGGAAACUGCGUGCACGAUAAGACGAAUAGAUUUUCCAGGGGGAGAA